AUGGAGACUGUCAUUGAAAGAGAAUGCAGUGCACUCGGAGGACUUUUUCAAACAGUGAUAGGCGACAUGAAGAGCAGUUACCCGGUGUGGGAUGACUUCAUCAGCAAGGCCGGGAAGCUACAAUCACAGCUCAGGACGACAGUUGUCGCGGUAGCCGCCUUCCUGGACGCCUUUCAGAAAGUGGCUGAUCUGGCAACCGGCAGCAGAGGCGGCACCAGAGACAUCGGUUCAGCCCUCACCAGGAUGUGUAUGAGGCACCGGAGCAUCGAGGCCAAGCUCAGGCAGUUCUCCAUGGUUUUCAUCGACUGCCUGAUUAACCCUCUGCAAGACCAGAUGGAGGAGUGGAAGAGAGUGGCCAACACGCUGGACAAGGACCACGCCAAAGAGUACAAGAAAGCCCGUCAGGAGAUCAAAAAGAAAUCCUCCGACACUCUCAAGCUGCAGAAGAAGGCUAAGAAAGGCCGGGGGGACAUCCAGCCCCAGCUGGACAAUGCCAUGCAGGACAUCAGUGAUAAGUACCUGCUUCUGGAGGAGACAGAGAAGCAGGCGGUCAGGAAGGCCCUGGUGGAGGAGAGGAGCCGCUUCUGUACCUUAGUCUCCAUGCUGAGGCCCGUCGUGGAAGAGGAGAUGUCCAUGUUGGGGGAGAUCACUCACCUGCAGACCCUCACUGACGACCUGAAGGCUCUGACCAUGGACCCCCACAAGCUGCCCCCUGCCAGCGAGCAGGUCAUUCUGGACCUGAAGGGAUCUGAGAGCAGCUGGUCCUACCAGACCCCUCCUUCCUCCCCCAGCACCACAGCAUCCAGGAAGUCCAGCAUGUGCAGUAGUCUGAACAGCGUCAACAGCAGCGACUCUCGCUCCAGCGGCUCUCACUGCCACUCCCCCACCUCCCACUAUCGCUACCGGAGCUCUGCCCUCCCUCAGCAAGGCCCCGCCCGCCUUUCUAGUGUCUCUUCCCACGACUCCGGCUUCAUCUCCCAGGAUGCCUACCAGUCCAAGUCGCCCUCGCCCAUGCCCCCUGACACCCACCCACAGAAUAUCUCUGGCUCUUCAUCCUCGGCCGUCUCUGAGACUUGCCAGCCUGUCAGUGAGGGCAGCUCCUCCUCGUCCUCCUCUUCCUCACCUGCCUCCUCUAAGGAGACCUGCUCCAGCACUAGGGACUGGGCCAAGCCGGGGCCCUACGACCAGCCCAUGGUGAACACCUUGAGGAGGACCAAGGAGAAGAGGGAGACUCCAGAUCCCAGCAGCCCCCAGGCCACCACACCAGGGGAUGAGCCCCAGAGAGCCAAGGGCACCAAUGCACUAUACGUCUUAAUAUGUGUGUGUCGGCAGGAGGAGGCGGAGGCCCAUGAGGAGCUGGCCCUGGCCCUGGCCCGCGGGUUGCAGCUGGAUAUCCAGCGCUCCAGCAGGGACUCCCUGCAGUGCUCCAGUGGCUACAGCACCCAGAACACCACACCCUGCUGCUCUGAGGACACCAUCCCCUCACAAGUGUCCGACUACGACUACUUCUCCGUGGGUGGUGACCAGGAGUCAGACCAGCCCGACUUCGACAAGUCCUCCACCAUCCCCCGCAACAGUGACAUCAGCCAGUCCUACCGCCGCAUGUUCCAUGCCAAGCGGCCGGCCUCCACAGCGGGCAUCCCCACCACAUCCCCCUCCCCCGCUAGCAUUGUCACCCCCGGGGUGGCCACCAUCCGCCGCACGCCCUCCUCCAAGCCCAACCUGCGCCGGCCCUCCGGAGGCCUGGGUCUGGGCCCCAUCCCUGUCAAGCCCCCCAUGAUCCCCGUCAAGACGCCCACUGUGCCCGAGCACCCCGGGGUGUUCUUCAGAGGAGAGAGUGAGGGAGGGGGACCACUGAGCCCACGGAGCCCACUCUCUUCAGCGGCUGACAACGGGUUGGUGUCUCCCAAGGCAACUUGGGACACUCAGGCCCCCUCCGAUCCUCCCACUUCCCCACCUCAGUCUGGUAGUAGGCUGUCGGAGUGGGACCGCGAGGCACUGCCGGAGGUUCAGGAGGAGGAGCCCGGGUGCGGCGAGGGGGAAGACGUGCUCUUGGCCAUACGGCGAGGGGUCAAGCUGAAGAAGACGGCAUCCAACGACCGGUCGGCGCCGCGAAUAGUGUGAGGCUUAGUGUCCAAUGUCCACUGCCCCUCAAUGUAUCAGAUUGAAUCACAUACAGUAUCUAUGUCUUCACACAUAGGUUUAAGAAAAGGGUGGGAGUCUAGAUGCGUGAAAAUACACGGGAAAGUUGGGGAGGGAAACGGAGCGACAACUGCUUUGACUAUUUUCAAAUGACGGAAAAUAUAUAAUCUUUUAUUUGUAUGUACAUAUUUAUAUUUUGAUGCGUUUGUAUGUUUCGUGUUCAAUGCUCCUCUUCGUACUUUCUUGUUUUAGCCGUCCAUUGUCAUGAAAGGUGCCAAAAGACUUAGAGCUGAAUUAACUUAAAUUACUUUAUUUUACUGAAUAUGAUUAAUAUUUUCUGUGAAACCACAGCAACAAAAACAAAACAAGAUUGGAGGGAGAAAGAUAUAGAAGGUAAGACUGUGUGGAGAAGAGGGGUACAUAGGGAAAUAACCACAAUGGAAAGCAACAUUUUACUUUCCUGUAAUGGCAAGUGUUUUAUCCAUUUUCUUUUGCCAUUGAAAAAUAAAUCAAAUUGCAUGUUCUACCCCAAUUAAUUGCACCCUAAUAAACUAGACCGCCAAAGAUUCAGAGCGAGAAUAAAUACAACCCACUGUCAAUAGGAAGCUUCUUGGUCAGCAAAGAAGGACGCAAAGACUUGCCACACUAACAAUCGAAUGAGUGGUUGUCAACGUGUGUCACAUAAUUUGUCAAUAGUAAUAUGUUGCAAAGGUUUCUACCUUGAAUGCAUCUCUGGUGUCAGUGCAAGCACUCAUUGACUGGUGGCUAUAGAAUAGGUGACUUUACUUUCCUGUUUUUUAAAUGGUAUACAGAGGAUUCAUACGCAAAUAUAACUGGAAAACGUAACAAGUGCUUGUACUGCUGUGAAAAUACUAGUAGACUCUGUGAAAGCUAGUGGUGAUCACUGGUAACUAGAAGUCAUUCGAAAGGUGAAAACAAACUAAUAGUAUUAGAAUAUGUCCCAAAAAAAUAUUCAAAAGUAAAAGGUAACAUAGUGGAGUUUGUGAGCUUGUGUUCAGCACCGUGAACUGAAGACAGAAUUCACUAUUGCGACUACCUAAAGUAUUUCACAAGAUGACAUGGCCAAAUAUGUGUAGACAUUCUAAACAUUGUCAUAUCUUCCACUAUAAUUUUUCAUGAACGCCAUACCUUUGUUUGAGGUGUUGUAGACCAGCUUCACUGUCAAACACACAACCCGUUUAAAUGAGAUCGAGUAAUGCAUGUUUUUACUCAAAUGUGUUAAAGCUCAUUUUUAUACUGAACCCAUUUAUCCCAAUACAUUUCCCCCAUUUGAGAGCAGUUUGACUUUCUGCAUAGUGACUGCAGCCUGAUUAUUUUUCCAUUCAAGACAGGGGAAACUAAAGUGUGGCCGAUGCAACGACAUGCAUAUGAAGCUGAAAAUCCUGUAUGGCUCACAACUCAAUUAUUCUAUACAAAUGGUCUGAUAUUGUCCAUGUAAAACUUAGCUGUAAUAUACUGUAGUAUUUUUCGAAAGUACAGCCAUUGGUGUAAAGAUACGUUGCUAAAUCUUAUGUAUGCUAAAUGGUUAGAAGUAAUCAAAGUUAGUUUUUGGUCAGACUCACACCUUGCAAAUACGAGGUUUUGUCCCAAUAGUCUGCAACGGUUUCCUUCUCUCAUUUCCUUCUCUUCAUGGUCAGAUUCAAGAGAACUUAGCCUACUUAUAUGUGACAGGUAAAAGUAAUAUGAUGUAAACAUAGUGUUAAUCUUGAAGUUCACGGACAUGAGGGAAAAGAGGCGAGGAAAUUAAGGAGCAUUGGGACGCAGAUUGUGGUCUAGAUUGACACACACUAGUACUUUAGCCUUGUGCGUCUGUUGCUGAUGACCUAGAGACAUGUUUGGACAGAGUUGACCUCUUUCUGUACCUCUGACGUUGUCUAAGAUAAUUAUUGUUCAGUUCCGGAAUUCUGUCUCCUAUUUUCUAUGUAACAGUUGU